AAAAAUUAAAUGACAAUAUGUUAAAUUAUUGAGAUUAAUCCGGUCAAAUUGGGCGGGUCAAAACCCAACCCAUUUUUAGCCCAUUUGAGCCCAAAGUAAACUUGGGCGGGUCAAGACCCAACCCGAUUUCUAUUCAGCCUAUUAAACUAUUUCCAAUUUCAACCCAAUCCACGCAUUUGGCACCCCUAGUUUGCUAUAUGUGAAAGUUUCUCAAAAUUAAACACCAAUCAAUUUUACGAUCAAUCCAUGCAAAAACUUCACGAAGGAACGACAUUGGGCCUUCUUUUCUCCCUCAGCCCCAAUUAAAACUGGGCCAUUAUAUUAUAAGUUAUGUCUCACAAUUACUGGGCCGUAAAGCCCAUUAGAAGUUUCUGGACUAUUCCCUAACCCAGAACCCGGGAAAACAAUACGGGUCCCAUGUUCCCUGCUCCGCAAGACAGCAAGAACCUUGGAGAAGGGGCCAAAUUUUCAAACGCAAACCUUUAUAUAAUUCUCCAAAUUCCAAAACCUCGAAGAAUUAACAAAAUUCUAACUACUGUAAAACCCUAGAUUCCAUUCAAAUCGAACCCAAAAAGGUGAAUCGAAGAAGAAAAAACAAACAGUUUUGAUCUUCAAUGGGGUUUUUCAGAAGCACAUUUUCGUUUGCUAUGGGUACGGGUUUGGGUAUCUACUUGGCCCAAAACUACAACGUUCCCAAUAUCCAGAAACUCGUCAACACUGGAGUUGUAAUCGCGAAGCAUUUUGAAGAGAAUUAUCGCAAACCUAAGAAGACAGAUGAUGAUAAUUAGUACCGGAUUGUUACGGCGUCGUUUGAUCAGGUGCUUAGUGUUUGAAUUUUUAACUAUUGUGUAAUCAUGGGGGUGAGGUGGGUGGGGAAGGGGUUAGCAAAUUAGAAUUUUUUUUCUGGGAGGGUGAGUUUUGGGAAUUUGAGGAAGUAUACUGAAUUUUGUCAAUGUUUUUAUCUCAUACGAUUGAUCAAUGAAAUGAUAUUUUUCUUCAGUUGUUUUGAUU